AUGACAGGUAUUUUAGCAAGGAUCUUGCCCAUUACAGAUUUCUAUUUAUUUCAGAGUGAUGUUCAACAAAUCGAUACAAUAUCGUAUGAUGUUAAAACUUUAUCCACACUCUUAGAUGAACUAAUUGAAGAACGUGCAACUGAUGAUCCUAGUCGUUAUCGUCAACGUCUCGAUGUACUUCUUGGACGUUAUAGACAAUUACUUAAUUCUAUUGAUGAAGCUUCCCAACGUUGCACGGUUGUUAUUCCUGCUAAAAUGAUUCAUGAAAAUAGUCUACAAUUAAAUACAUCAUUAGAAAAUAUUUCAAAUGCACCAAUGAAUUUUCGUGAUCUAUCUGAUGUUCGUACAGCUGUACAAGGUCAAAUAAGAGUUUGUGAUGUAUUAGAAAAUUUUUCUCAUCAAAUAAAUGAACUUGUUACACGAGGUAAUGAAUUAAUAAGACAACCAAUGGUACCAAAAUAUGUUCAACAUGAUAUACAAAAUAUACAAAAAUUAUAUAAUGAAAAAAUUCGAUCAGCACAAGAUCAUUUAGAAAAAUUUAAACAUCUACUUGAAUUAUGGGAACGUUUCGAUGCAAAUAAACGUCGUUAUCAACAACAAACUGAACGUUUAAAUAAUGAACUUGUUCAAUUAAAAUCUAAUCAAAAGUCUAUAAUAUCAUUUCAACAUGAAAUUGAUAAUUGCAAACAUCUUCGAGCUUCAUAUACUGAUUUAAAAUUAAUUCUCGAUGAAAAUACUCAAUAUCUUCAAACAAUUUCAUCAAAUAAUUUAUUACCCUAUGAAAAUUUACAAAAACUUAAAAUCGAUUAUGAUAAUAUGCUUGAAGACUUAACAGAAAAAUUACGAAUAAUCGAUGAAUUUUUACAAGAUUUAAUUCAUGAUAAUAAUAAAUGGACACAUUUUAAUGAUGAAUUAAAGCGUUUAGAAACAUUAUUCAGAGAAAUUGGUUCAAUGUUUGAUGCGAAAAUGUUUGGAGAACGAGCACUUGAAGAAAAACAACAAAUUUUAGAGACUUUCAAUCGAGAGGUUCAAAGUGAAGAUACACAUCUAAAUACAUUACGUACUAAAUAUAAAACAUUCUCAUCGAAUUUAACUGAUCAAGAACGACAACAAGCAGAAAUAAUGAUUAAUAAAAUGCAAGUUGAAUUAGAACAAUUACAAGAACAAAUCGAAAAACGUCAUGAACGUCUAAAUUCUUUAAUUCAUCAACGUCAAGAAUUAGAUCAAACAUAUGAUCGUUUUAUUAUUUGGUUUGAAGAUAAACAACGUUUAAUUUCUCCUGAUCAAACAAUACCAUUAAAAACAAUGGAAAUUGAACGAUUAUUAAAAAAAUAUAGUGAUGUAUUGAAUGAAAUUAAAGUUCAACGAAGUACACUUAAUAAUAUUAUUAAAUUAAAUGAAAAUGUCAAACAAAAAUUAAUUCGUAGAAUAAAUAAUUUAGAAGAAAUACUUAAUGAUCGUUAUCGACAAUUAAAUUUAGCUAAUGAACAACGAUAUGAAUUUGAUCGAAUUAUGACUAAACUUAAUGAAUGGGUUAAAAGUAUUGAACAACAAAUAAAAGAUCCAUUUACAAAUGAUCUUCAACAAACAACUAAUGUUCUUAAAGAAAAAUCUAAAAAUAUACAAGUAUGA